AUGAAUAGAACUCCCUCUCAUUCCUUAUAUAUGAGAAAUUCUCAUAAUCAAUCUCAUUCGCCAAUACCUUAAUAAAAAUUUAUUACUCCAGAAAAAUUAGUAAGAGUUAGUGGAAGUUCAGGCGUAAAAAUGAAUUCAAUUUAAAAAAAUGGUACAAGAAUUAGAAGUGAGGCAGUUGAAACUGUUAAUAAGGCGAAGGAACAAUAAAAGCUACAAGAAUAUGUUUAGGAAUUUGAAUAUAAGUUAGAACUUGUGUAAUAAAAAAAUGAAGAAUAAUAAUAAUUAGAGAUGAGAAUCUUAAUGUUGUUACAAAAAAAUCAUGAUUAAGCAGAAGAAAUGGAAUUAUUGAAAUAAGAGAAUGAAUAAUUAAAACAAUUAUUGUAUGAAUAACAGACUUAAAUUGUUGAGUAAAGUUAAGAAAUUUUGGCAUUAAAAGUUUAUAAAGAUGGAUUAAAGAAGUUAAGUUUCAGUGAUUACUUUCGAUAAUAAAAUAUAUGA